UCGACUUUCGAAAUCAAAGCCUAACGUUGAACUCAAAAGUCUUAUAUAUACAAAUGUAGUUGCAGACAUUGAUAUCUUUGAUGCUUGAUUUUAGGAGGAUUUGCUGGAAUUGGAGAUGGUGAAGGAGAAGAAUGUGAAGAGAUGGGUUUUAGUGGGUGCUGUGGUUGUGGUCUUAUUAGCCAUAGCUCUCACCUCUACCAGAGAUUUUAAUUCUAAACUCAACCUUUCUCUGUUUUUCAAGAAUCCCAGUUCCUGCCAAUGUCCUCAGGAUUCAAAGAAAUACAGUGGCAUUGAUGAGGACUGCUGUUGUGAUUAUGAAACGGUGGACAGUGUUAAUGCAGAGGUGUUGCAUCCUCUGCUACAAGAGAUUGUUAAAACUCCGUUUUUUCGAUAUUUUAAGGCCAAGCUGUGGUGUGACUGUCCCUUCUGGACUGAAGAUGGUAUGUGCCUCCUGCGUGACUGCAGCGUCUGCGAAUGCCCAGAAAAUGAAUUUCCGGAACCUUUCAAGAGGCCCUUUCACGGUGGCCUUCCAUCCGACACUUUGGUAUGUCAAGAUGAUAAGCUGCAGGGGUCUGUUGACCGCACUCUAGACGGUAGAGCAUUCAGAGGCUGGAUUGAGACAGAUAAUCCUUGGACAAAUGAUGACGAGACUGAUAAUGAUGAGAUGACAUAUGUGAACCUUCUACUGAACCCUGAACGUUACACUGGCUAUACUGGUCCAUCAGCAAGAAGGAUAUGGGAUGCUGUUUAUUCUGAAAAUUGCCCAAAAUAUUCAUCUCAGGACAUUUGCCAGGAGCAAAGAGUAUUGUACAAAUUAAUAUCGGGUCUUCACUCGUCAAUUUCAAUCCACAUAGCUGCUGAUUAUCUUCUAGACAAGAUUACCAAUCUGUGGGGUCAAAACAUGGAAUUGAUGCAUGAUCGCGUUCUAAAAUAUCCAGAUCGUGUUCAGAAUUUGUACUUCGCAUUCCUCUUUGUUCUCCGGGCAGUGACAAAAGCUGCAGAUUACUUGGAGCAGGCUGAGUAUGAUACAGGUAAUCAUGAGGAAGACCUGAGAACAGAGUCUUUGAUGAGGCAGCUACUUUACAAUCCUAAACUCCAAGCUGCAUGUCCCCUACCGUUUGAUGAAGCAAAGCUCUGGAAAGGUCGGAGCGGACCACAAUUGAAGCAACAAAUUCAAAAGAAAUUCAGAAACAUUAGUGCAUUAAUGGAUUGUGUGGGAUGUGAGAAAUGUCGGCUCUGGGGAAAGCUUCAAGUUCUCGGUAUUGGUACUGCAUUGAAGAUCCUCUUUUCUGUUGAUGGUAAAAAUCAUCAAGAUCAACCUCUGCAGCUGCAACGAAAUGAAGUUAUAGCUCUCGUAAAUCUGCUAAAUCGACUCUCUGAAUCCGUCAAAUAUGCUUGUCAAAGCGGACAUUCAAUCAAGAAAGUAGCGGAAGGAGGACGAGUUGUUGAACCUUAUUCUAUACAAACAAUCAGUACAUUGCAAAGAAUAUGGGAGGCGGUGAUCCCAAUCAGGCUUAGGUUAGGGAUGUUAGCACUGUAACUAUUGGAUAUCACAAUUCUAGAGCAGAUGUAAAGCAUACACUGAGUCACUGACUGGAGUAUGUCUAUGAUCGAUCAUUUAAUAUCAGAUGAAAUCAUGAACCAAGUUUUGAGAAUUACAGAUAAUAAGCUUCAACCAUACACUGGUAAAUCCCUGAAUGUAUUUUUGGGACCCAUAAUUGCACAAAAUGCUGGAAUAAUGUCAAGCAG